GCUUUGCCCCCAACAAACGACAUAGCCCUUUCUCAAAUAAAAACCCGAACUUCGAUUAGUAUUAGUGUUUGAUUUCUGCUUACAUACUUUGCGGAGAUUCCCCAAAAAUAUGGAAAUCCCAAACAUUCCUGGGUUAGAUUUUCACCCAACGGAUGACGAACUUCUUACAUAUUACUUAAAGCAGAGGAUUCUCAACCACUUUCAGGAUCCAACUCGAUCGGCUAACGCUCAUACAGUUCCUGAUAUUGAGCUUUACACCAUGCAUCCUAAAGAGCUGCCCCGCCAAUUCAAGAGGCUUGCGAAGAUAAAGUCUAAUGGAAGGGAAUGGGUCUUCUUCUGCGCACGCAAAGGGAAGUAUCGCAACAGCAGUCGUGCCGAGAGAACCGUUCCAAACAUCGGUUACUGGAAAGUAACCAGUAAACUCAAGAAAGUGAAAAGUGAAACUACCGGCAAUGAAAUAGGUAGUAAGAACAUAUUAACCUUUUACGAGCGAUCUCCUUCCAAUGGGGCGAAGACUAAUUGGAUCCUGCACGAGUAUCACCUAAAUGCGUCUUCUCUUGGCUACAAUGUCAGUGAGAUGCCCUUCGUUGUUUGCCGCUUGUAUAAUAAAAGCGGAAAUUGCGAUGAAUCGACUUGUCAUGGAGACGAAUCGACCAACUGUGCCGCUGCAGCCACAUCCGAAACUCAUGCAACUGGUUAUCAGUUUACUUCGCCUGAGCUUGUAUCGGAGGAAGAAAUUUGGCAAUCGCUCCCCCAAAUUCAGCAACUGCCUUGCAACUUAUCGAACUACGGUAACUACACCGGCAGAGCAGAAGAAGAUCUUUACACCGAUGAAGCCGGUUCAUCUUCGGGUGGAUACUACACUGGCGGCAGCUCCAGCAAUUGUUACUAUCCAUCUAACGAUGAAACAAGCUAUUAUCAACCGUGCCAUGGUGGCUGGGGCUCGCAUUACUAUUAGCGGGGAUGAACGAUUAUCUUAUAUUCAGUAUAACUUUUAUGCUAAGUGUGGGCCAUCCAAGCCACUAUGUUGCUCAACCCUAUGGAACCGAUAACAUAAACGUAUCUUAGUACUAUUGUGUUUGGCACUAUAUGUCGCGAUGAUUUACACGCGUGUUUUAGGGCUAGUGCUUGUGAAAAUCUGGCCUAUGAUUUUAUGUAUAUCUUAUGUGUUUGAAUAUACUAUAUGUUGAAUUAUCA